AUGGUGAAGCUCUCAAUAGCCGCCGUUGUGGCUCUCGCCUCUGCAUCGGCGUGGGCUCUGCCAUCAAACAAUCAUGUUCUUCACGAGGCGCGGAACCCGACAAGCACUCGCCAAAACCACCUAUGGAAACGUGGAAAUCGCGUCCAUCCGGACGCAGUCAUACCGCUGCGGAUUGGCUUGGCGCAGUCCAAUCUCCACGAGGCCUAUGGCAAGCUCAUGAAUGUGUCUGACCCGGACUCGGAGCACUUUGGCAAGCACCUGGCCCAAGAUGAGGUCCAUGCCUUGUUUGCCCCGUCAGACGAGACGUUGACUGCCGUUCACUCUUGGCUUGUCGACAUGGGCAUCAGCAAGACGCAAAUUCGCCAAUACACCAACAAGGGCUGGCUGGCGCUGGACGUCCCCGUGUCCAAGGCCGAGGAGCUGUUUCAAACUCAAUACCAUGAGCAUGAACACGACGGCGCAAUCAAGAUUGGCUGCGACGAGUACCGCGUCCCGAAGCAUCUCUCCCAGCACAUUGACUAUAUUAUCCCCGGGGUAAAGUUGUCCCCCCUCAUGGUGAGGCGUUCGGCCAAGGCCAGAUCGCCUGCGAAACGAAUCACCGCACAGAACAGGAAGAACUGGGAGCCAAAAAAGGUUUCUCGCAAGAAGCCUUCCUGCAAGACCCCCCCGCCCUCAAACUUGCCGCCGGAACUCAAGGAUUGCGCGCGAAACUUUACGGCAGCGUGCUAUCGUGCCCUGUAUCAGAUCCCGCUCGCCAACACCCCGGUUCCGGGACUGGAGCCGGCCGUGUAUGAGAUUGGAGACACGUACUCGCAAGAGGACAUCAACUCGUACUUGCACAAGUACACGCCAUAUAUCCCCAACGGAACUCACCCCACUCUACACUCUGUAGACGGUGCCCAGGCUCCGGUGCCACCCCAGUCACCGCAGAACACGGGCGAAUCAGACAUUGACAUUGACAUUGUGCAGUCACUCAUCUGGCCGCAGUCCAUGCUGCUGUACCAAGUGGACGACAUUUACUACUCGACCCAGAGCAACACCUCUGGGUUCCUAAACACGUUUCUCGACGCCCUGGACGGGUCCUACUGCCACAAGACGGACUUCAACAUUACCGGCGACAGCCCCGGCAUCGACCCGAGCUACCCCGACUCCCACCCGGGAGGCUACAAGCAGGCCGAGAUGUGCGGAGCCUACAAGGCGGCGCCCGUCAUCUCCAUAUCCUACGGCGAGAGCGAGCUCGACGUGCCCAAAAAGUACAUGCAGCGCCAGUGCAACGAGUUCCUCAAGCUCGGGCUGCAGGGCACCACGGUCCUCGUCUCGUCGGGCGACUACGGCGUGGGCAUCGGCCCCGGCGCGAACGCCUGCCUCAACGGCUCCGGCCAGACCAACACCGUCUACAACCCGGGCAACCCCGUGUCGUGCCCGUACCUCACCGCCGUCGGGGCCACGCAGCUCAACCCCAACACCACGGUGCGCGACCCCGAGGCCGCGCUCCAGACGCCCCUCCCCGGCGCCGAGCUCUUCGCCAGCGGGGGCGGCUUCUCCAACUACUUCCCCGUGCCCGAGUACCAGCGGGCCGCCGUGCGGUCGUACCUGGCGCGCCACGACCCGGGCCUCCGCUCCUACGUGGCCGACGCGGACGCGUCCAACAUUGGCGCCGGCGGCGGCGUGUACAACCGGGCGGGCCGCGGGAUCCCCGAUAUCGCGGCCAACGGGGCCAAUUUCCGCGCCUUCACCAACGGCACCGACCAGCACGUGUUCGGGACGAGUCUCGCCGCGCCGCUGUGGAGCGCCGUCAUCACGCUGGUGAACCAGGAGAGGGCGCGGGCGGGCAAGACCACGGUCGGGUUCAUCAACCCCGCGCUGUACAAGAACCCCGCGGCCCUGACGGACGUGACGCGCGGGUCGAAUCCGAACUGCGGCUCGUCGGGGUUCUCUGCCGUGCGGGGGUGGGAUCCGGUCACGGGGCUGGGGACGCCCAUGUUUGAGGAGCUGCGGAGGCUGUGGCUACGGCUGCCGUGA